UGGACAGCGUGUGACAGACUGAACCAAUAGGAAAAAAGAUACAGGCUGGAGAAGCUGACGCGGUCCAAUAGACGAAGAGGGGAUUACACUGGUUGCUAAGUAGAAAAAAGGCAAUUGUUACACCAGAUGUCCAUACAGUAUCAGCCCUUGAGCUUGUCCCACUUUCUCACACAAUGAGACACGUGCAGAUUGCCCCUCGGGCCGCAGCUACUGCUGGCAGCGUGGUGAAGCAAGGCAUUGUGAGGGGACAUCAGCAUGCUAGGGCUGUUGGAGCGCGCAAGUCGCGAAUCCCUGAGAGAGAGGCUCCAGUAACCAGAUUAAAGGCGGCAAGUGCUCUUAAUCUCCAACCUCAAGAGCACCAGGCUUUUUACAGGCUCCUAGAAAAUGAUGUGAUUCAACAGUUCCUGUCUAUGGAUGCCUGUCUAAGAAUUUCAGACAAGUAUCUUCUUGCAAUGGUUUUGGUGUAUUUUAAACGUGCAUGCCUCUACACCAGUGAAUAUUCCACCAUGAACUUCUUUGUUGCCCUUUACUUGGCCAACGACAUGGAAGAGGAUGAGGAAGAUUAUAAAUAUGAAGUUUUCCCUUGGGCCUUAGGAGACUCUUGGCGAGAGUUAUACCCUCAGUUUCUGCGGCUACGGGACAGUUUUUGGGCAAAAAUGCACUACAGAGCGGUUGUGAGUCGAAAGAUCUGUGAUGAGGUGAUGUCUAAGGAUCCCUCUCAUUGGGCCUGGUUUCGUGAACGUCCUGUCCACCAUAGUGGGGCACUAAGGAGUUACCUCAGAAAUGAGGAUGAUCUCUUUCCUCGUGGGCCAGGCUUCACCCCUGCCAGCUGUGCACUUUGCUGUAGGACAAACAGCAGUGAAUCCGAAACUGGUACAGACAGCUGCUCCUCACCGGAACACGAAAUGAUUUCUUUUUCUAAUGGACAGUGGCCCCAGGACCUACUCAUCUUGCAUCCAGAUCUGUUGCUCAAUACAGAGUCCACUUAUGAUAUCCACAUAUUUCAGGAACCAUUGGUUGGACUGGAACCUGGUGGUGAAGCCUUAGAGUGGCAUCUAUAGCACCCUGUCUGCACGGUUUUUCUCUCCUAAAGUACACUGGAAACAGAAUACAAGAAGCUGCAAGCACUUAUCACAUGGUUUUCUUUCAUCCGUCUGAAGUAAAGUCAGACUUGGUUGGGAUGGUGUGAAUUGAGGACAGUGUAUAUAAAGCUACUUAAUUUAUUAGCUCUGUAUAAGCAGGCUGUGAGGUCUCUUAUCUGUAAAUAAGAUGUAAAUGUGAGGAUCUGGGGUGGUCACUAAUAAAGGUCACCAGAUGGAA